AUGACAUCCCUCAACGGCCAUGCCGUCCACUCCCAAGCCGCUCAACGCCGCAUCGAACACCACGAGGCCGACGUUGUGAUCGUCGGUGCUGGAAUCCUAGGCUGUGCGCUAGCAUUUGCACUAGGAAAGCAAGGACGAAGCGUGAUUUUACUCGAAAAGUCCUUGCAAGAGCCCAAUCGCAUAGUGGGUGAGCUGCUCCAACCGGGAGGUGUUCAAGCGCUGGAAAAACUAGGGCUACGCGACUGCCUCGAUGACAUUGAUGGAAUUGACGUGAAGGGAUACUGGGUUUCCUAUUUUGGCGAACCAGUCCUCCUCAACUAUCCCAGGUCCACCGCGUCAGGGCCGGCACCGCUAGGACGAGCGUUCCACCAUGGACGAUUCGUGAUGAAGCUCCGACAGGCGGCAUUGAGCUGUCCAAAUGUCACUGUGGUCGAGACUAAGGUCACUGGGCUAGUCACAUCUUCGCAUACCAACGAAGUUUUGGGUGUGGAGUGUGUGACCAAAGACCUGAAGGAUUGCUACUUUGGCCAGCUCACCGUGGCCGCCGACGGCUACAACUCCGAUUUCCGCAAAAAGCACCACAAAUACACACCCAAGCGUCGUUCAAAGUUCUACGGGUUGGAGCUUAUUGAUGCUAAGCUUCCCGCGCCCAAUACCGGUCACGUCCUUCUCAGCGAUAGCCCGCCUGUGCUCAUGUACCAGAUUGGUACACACGAAACGCGAAUCCUCGUCGAUAUUCCGGAUAAUCACCCAGGAGCGUCGGUAAAGAAUGGUGGUGUGAAGGGCUAUAUGAAGAACACUAUUUUGCCAAGGCUUCCAGAGGGCGCGCAGGCGUCGUUCUCGGAUGCAUUGGAGAAGGGCCAGCUACGGUCAAUGCCGAACUCGUUCCUACCUGCCUCGACCAACACGACACCUGGAUUGAUGAUCUUGGGAGAUGCUCUUAACAUGCGGCACCCAUUGACAGGAGGAGGAAUGACAGUGGCGUUCAGCGAUGUUUGCGUCAUUCGCGAUUUGCUGAGCCCAGAGAAGGUACCCAGCUUCUCCGAUACAGAUCUCGUUCUCAAGCAACUUGGCGAGUUCCAUUAUGCACGAAAGAAUUCUUCUUCCGUUAUCAAUAUUCUCGCGCAGGCUUUGUAUUCGCUCUUCGCUGCCGAUGAUCCCAGUUUAAGAGCUCUUCAGCGUGGCUGUUUCCGCUACUUCCAGAUUGGACCCGUUGGAGGGCCUAUCGGACUACUGGCAGGUCUUAUCAAGAAGCCUCUCAUUCUUGUCUCCCAUUUCUUCACUGUCGCUUUCCUCUCCAUCUGGGUCCUCUUCACCGACACCCCUCUGACCCAGAUCCUCCUAUUUCCAUACAACGCCUUCAUGAUCUUGUACACAGCCUGCAUCGUGAUUUUACCAUAUAUCUGGACUGAGAUCUGGUAUUGA